AUGCUCCUGUUGAUACUGGUGUUAAAUUUGCUUCUGUGUGAGAAUGUUGCCCCUUUGCCUGUGAAUGCCCCUGGAGCUGGACAAGGUGAAGUCUACCUCCAGGACUUGUUUGAUCAUGCCCUCAUGCUGUCUUAUAACAUCAGUGAACUCAAUAGGGAAAUGCGCAAGAUGUUUAUGUUGGACUUGUACAAGAAUGAGAAGACUAUGUCCAAGAUGUUGGAUAGCUGCCACACUGUCCCCGUCAACAUCCCACAAACAAUAAAGGAAGCCCGAAAGUUAUCACUUGAAGACUUUCUGAAAAUAACACUGAAUCUAAUGGGAACCUGGAAUGACCCUUUACACUACCAAGUGGCCAAACUCACUGGUAUGCCAGGAGCCAAUGAUGCUAUCCUGUCCACAGCAAAAGAUAUUGCGGCCCAAAACAAACAGCUUCUAGAACUCAUCAAAUGGAUACUCAACACGGUUCAUCCGGGAAUUAAAAAUGAAGACUAUGCUGAGUGGUCAGAUCUGGAAUCUUUGAAGGCAUCUGAUGAAAAGACUUGCCUCUCUGCUUUAUUUAAAUUGUCCUUCUGCUUGGGGGCUGACACAAAGAAGGUUGACCUUAAUCUCAAAUACCUGAUAUGUUCCUUUAUUGGUGGCAAUACCUGCUCGUCCUCAAGGUUGAAAAAUGAUUUCUAUGACCCAGUCUUUUGA